AUGCAAGACAAAAUUGAUACUAAAGCUUUAGCAUAUGCCCAGAGACGUGAAGAAAAAUGCUUAGGCAAAGUUAGUCCUAAUACAUAUUUAUGGUCAUGUAAAAAGGGUCAUCAAUGGGAGGAUUUAUUACAUAAAAAAUUUCCACUCUAA